AUGGGUAUCAUUGGCGAGAACCACGUAGUAGUGAUGCCAUACCCAGGUCGUGGCCACAUAAAUCCCAUGAUGAACCUCUGCAAACAACUAGUGUCCAAAUCUGACAACAUUUUCAUCACCUUCGUAGUCACUGAAGAAUGGUUCGGCUUAAUCGGCUCUGACCCAAAUAAACCCGACAGAAUUCGCUUUGCUACCAUACCAAACGUUAUCCCAUCAGAGAAGGUUCGUUUCAAAGACUUUAUGGGUUUCAUAGAAGCAGUAGCCACCAAAAUGGGAGCUCCCUUUGAACGGCUUCUUGAUCAGCUUGAGCCACCAGUCCCCUCUCUGAUAAUUGCUGAUACUUUCUUGCUUUGGGCUUUUGACGUUGGGAGUCGAAGGAAUAUUCCGGUGGCAUCCUUUUGGCCCAUGUCAGCUAUGGCCUUUUCUGUUUUUUACCACUUUGAUCGUUUUCUUGAAAAUGGACACUACCCGGUUAACUUUCCAGAGAGCGGCCAUGAAAGAGUGGACUACAUUCCAGGAGUAGAUGCAAUGCCUUUAAUGGACCUACCUCCAAAUAGGGGAACAAAGGAAGAGGUUUUGAAACAAGCAGUCAAAAUGUUCUCAUGGGUGCCUAAAGGACGAUACUUUUUAUUGCCAACCAUCUACGAGCUUGAAUCCCAAGUAAUUGACACUUUGAAACGAAAUUUAUCAUUAUCAAUUUACCCCAUUGGGCCUGCAAUUCCUUAUUCUGAUCUUGGUGACAAUUCUGCCAAUUUUACCAGUGAUGAGGAUGUUAAUUACUUAAGAUGGCUAGAUUGCCAACCUUGUCGUUCUGUUUUGUAUGUGUCAUUGGGAAGCUUUCUUUCAGUUUCAAGUGCCCAAAUGGAUGAAAUUGCAGCUGGUUUGUGUGAAAGUGGUGUUCGGUUCUUGUGGGUGGCACGUGGUGAAACCGAGAGGCUGAAUGAGGUGUGUGGUGGUAAGGGUUUAGUGGUGCGCUGGUGUGAUCAAUUGAGGGUGUUGCGCCAUCCUUCUGUUGGGGGAUUUUGGACACACUGUGGGUGGAAUUCCAUUCGUGAAGGUGUUUUUUCUGGUGUUCCUUUCCUUACUUUCCCAAUAGCUGUCGAUCAAUUCCCCAAUCGUAAGUUGAUAGUCGAGGACUGGAAAAUUGGGUGGAGAGUGAAGGAGGAGUUUAAAGUGGAAAAUUUAGCCCAUUUGGUGACAAGAGAGAAGAUUGCUGGACUUGUGAUGAAGUUUAUGGAUUUGGAAAGCAAUGAAGUUGAAGAAAUGCGGAGGAGAGCCAAAGAGCUUCAGGAGAUAUGUCAACAUUCAACUUCAAAAGAUGGAUCAUCUGAGGCUAAUAUCAAUUCCUUCAUCAGGGAUAUUUCAUUAUCAAGUUGCCACUAA